AUGCUGCCUGAUGCAGCGCCGGCAAUAGACCAAGGACAAGCACAUCCAACCUCGGAGCCCCUGGAUCAAACGACAGCCUCGGACCAGCGACCACCGCCCCUUGCCUUUCUUCAAGUCGCUGCUCAGGACGGGACUGCGCCGAUCUCAGAGUCAGCCGGCCCAGAUCAACCCGUGGCGUUGCCAUUUGGGGAAUCAAACUCUCUCAACCUCGCUUUCCCCCAAUCUCGGGCCUCUCUCCUCGACUCCAAAGGGGCCGACCGGAACAAGCGCCCCUCCACGACCGCCUCUGCUUCAUUCCGGCAGACGCCCUACCUCGCACGCAAGCGUUCGGUCAAGGACAUAGUCAAAGCUUACGAGUCCGAGUCGGCCUCUUCGCACCUCGCCGUACCCACGCACUACAUCAGCCCUGGCACGGGCACAAGCAACAACGGCGUCGGUGCUGGCCAAACGGAGAAUCGCCACCGUCUCUCGCCGCCGGGCAACAGCCGACUCGUCCCGCUUCCUCCAACUUCGAACGCUGGCCCGGCCCUUGACACCCGGAGGUCGUCCGUGCUCUUAUCCAGCGCAUCCUACCCUUCGACCUACAGCCGCACCUUUGCUCGCUCUCGCACCACCAGCGACAGCUCGUCCCACUCGCCGCUCGCCCACAGCAUUCCUCUGAGCCGGUCCCCGAGCCCACGACUGGCCUCGGUACAGACUCUGGCUCCCCCGCCGCUCGCAGCUGCGGAUCGUCUUGCCGCCAUGACCCCUCCUGAUUCCAAACAGACGCCCUCGCCGUCCCCCUCGCCUUCUGGAGAUUCCUCGGUGACGCCACCUUCACAUCCCUCUCAGCCGUCGUCGAGCACCGCCUCCGAGGCUCCCUCGCGGUCUUCGUCUCUCAGGGUGCCUGGCACCGGAUCUUCGCCGGCCGUCUCGCUCAACGAAGACGAAGGGCUCUACGAGGACAUGGACACUGUCGCAGACCUCGACGCGUCGCCCACGCUCCACCUAUCGCGCGCCAACCCACGCGUGGAUAUGUCCAAGAUGACCGCAUCCGAGCGUCGUGAGCACUCGCGGCGGCACUCGCGCGUCCAUAGCCGCAACCUCAGCGUCUUUUUCCCUCGUCCCGAGACCGACGCCGAGCGCGAGGCUGACCAGCUCCGCGCAUCGGAGCAGUUCUCGGGCUCUGCCGCAGCUGGCUCGGCGGCUGCGAUCCCCGCGGCGUCAGCGGCGCCUUAUCAAGCGGUUUCGCAAAAGCUCCAGCCGGCUCUCGAGGGCCUCGGUCACCGCCGAGCCGGAAGCGGCAAUCGGCCACAGAUCACGGUCAGCACAGACGCCAGCACCCUCUCGCCCAAGUCCGCCAGCUUCGCCCAGGCCCAGGCUCACAGCCACACGUACGGUCACACCUCAUCGGCAGGCGGGCUUAGCGCCAGCUCGAUCCAUUCCGAUCUGAGCCCGAGCCCGACAAGGGGGCGUCGUGGACACCACCACAAGCACAGCGUCAGCCACGCCGCCAUGGUCGAGUCCGGUCUCAGCCCAGGAGGCAUAGCCAUGGCCUACAGCUCGAGCGCCGGCUCCUACAUGUCUGACGGCUCGCUCCCGACUCCAGGCUUCCUUACUCCGAGACGAGAGGCUUCGGAUCCCUUCUCGGACAAUCCCGGCCACCACCACUCACAUCAGCACGAUCACUCCGCAGGCGGCCGUCAACACGACCAUCAGCAUGACAGCCACGGCCUCGGUCGCGGCCACGGCCUUGGUCACGGCCACGACCACGACCACGACCACGACCACGACCACGACCAUGCGUCAUCAAGCACAAGCCUUUCACUGAUGAUGCGCACGCUCAGCACGUUGUCGGCAAUUCCGGCCUCAUCGCGACCUCUGCUGCUCUUUGGAAUGGCCCACUUCCUCCUCGGCGCGUCCCUCUGGGUGGCCGGACAAGAGGCGGACUCGCUUUCGGCGACUGGACUGGGCUACCUCGUCGUCUUCGAUGCCAUGGGCGUCCUUUCGAGCUUCGGUGCCGAUUGGGCCCGCGUCGUCGAUGACCGGCUUCGGGACAGCGAUCGCAACGGCGUCAAGAAGCGCCGAUACAACCCGCGGAAGCCGUACGGCAACCAUCGGGUAUCGACGCUGUUGCACUUUGUGCAGGCCAUCUACCUGCUCUUCGCCAGCGUCUACGUGCUGAAGGAGUCGGUUGAGCAUGCGCUGCUCGAAGGCGGCGGAGGCGCCCACUCGCACGCUUCCGGAGGUGCCGACGGCACACCUCUGCUCGAGAAGCUGGACGGCGCAUCAGGCCACGAGCGGUCGCACGUCCACGAGGAGCAUGUGCUCGGCCUGGUUCUGCCCAACCUGCUCCUCUCGCUCUCGCUCGCCGCUUGCGUCAUCUCGAACAUGUUCAUGGGCAACCACGCUCGGCUGGUGGCUGCCUGUGGCCUCUCGACGGCUGCCUCUUCUGGCGGUGGCGCGGGCUCGGGCGCCAUGUCUACGCGGAGCCACGGCCGCAGUGGCUCGGUGCUGGUGCACCCUUCGGCGCUGGCGUCGCCGCUGCUGGUGCUGCUGGCCAACCCGUUUAGCCUGACGGUGCUGUUUUUCUCCACGGCGCUGCUGUUUGCCGGCCUGACGAUGCCGCCGCUCCAGGUGGCGGCGCUAGACAAGGUGCUCGCCGGGCUCGAAAGCGUAUCGAUGUUUUACGUGGCAUACCCGGCCAGCGUGGCGCUGGGCAAGGUGCUGCUGCAGACUGCGCCGAGCGAAGAGGUGCCGCAAAAGGUGCAGCUGACGCGCGCGCUCAAGACAGUCGAGGAGCACCCGUUGGUGGCGUACGUGGCGCCGGUCAAGCUGUGGCGACUGACGCCGCCAACGUCUUCGAUGCGGCAGACGGGCGCCGCCGCUGGUCGAGGCGGAGGAGGCGGCAUGCUGGGCAACGUGGGACGGGGCGUGCAGCACGGCAGCAAGUCGGCCUCUCUGAUCGCCACGGUCCACGUCUUCCUCAGGCGCGACGCCACCGAGCAGGAUUGCUUUGACAUGACGCGGUGGAUCUGGGAGCGGGUGGCGCCGAGCGUCGGGGCAGGACGCGGCCUGGAGGCAGGCGAAAUGCUACGGGGCACGCUGCGCGCCGGCGAGCUGACGGUGUGCGUCAAGCGCGAGGGAUGGGAAGAUGAUGGAGCCGAGCUCGACGUUCACGGCGGCGGACACGAGCACCACGACCACGGUCACCACCACGGUCACGACCAUGUGCACGAGCACGACCACGUCCACGACCACGGUCACGGACAUGGACAAGGGCACGGACACAACUGCGGGUCGCACGGACAUGAACACAAUCACGAGCACGGCCACGAGAGAAAGGGGCGCGAACACCGUUCCGACGGUCGCAUCCACGGGCACGGCCAUGUCCACGACCACCAAGCGCCGCACCAGGACCAGCGCAACCACGCCGCUAGCCACGAGGCGCAGCUGCAACGCAACGGCAGCAUCACCUCUGCUCAACCCGACCGGGCAGGUCACAAUCACCGCCAUCACCACCAUCAGCAUUAG